AUGGCUGGUACAAUUGCACGUAAAGCUAUUGACCAUCUGAGGAGCAAAGAAUUCAGGGACUAUUUGAUGAGGUAUCAUUUUUGGGGUCCAGUAGCAAACUGGGGCCUCCCCAUAGCUGCUUUCAGUGACAUGAAAAAGAGUCCCGAGAUUAUCAGUGGCAGGAUGACCUUUGCUCUGUGUUGUUACUCGCUGCUGUUCAUGCGUUUUGCCUACAAAGUGCAACCCCGCAACUGGCUGCUGUUUGCUUGCCAUUUGACCAACGAGUCUGCACAGCUGGUUCAGGGUGGUCGGCUCAUUAAGUACAACCUAGAGAAGAAGACAUCUUAG